GAUAUGAAUAGCGACUCUUGGACUGCAACAGACACCAUCCUGGGCCAGAAUCAGCUGGUCCUGAAGACCACAGGAGAUGGUCUUCUGACACUACGUUUGGCUGGGGGCUUCAAGUGGGAGCACGUCGCUUCUUACAGGCUUGGCAACAAGAACAAGGAAGGGGAGACGCUGAAAGUUGUGGAUUCCAGCACCAAGGGCUUUGAGGUGAGCGACCUGCAAACGGCCUUUGAAGAAGUGAGGUACACCACCUACGGCAAGCAGAAGGGCGCCGUGCCCUUCGAGGAGUUCGCGCUGAGACUCUUCGAGAGGCUGGCAGGCCGGCCCUGUGAAGGCCAAAGGGACUUGGAUCCCCUGAAGGGGGUGGAGCACGGCGCCAAGCCCACCCAAGCCGGCUGGCAGUAGGAUUGCCAGGUCGUUGCCGGACAAGCGCGGCUGCACCUUGAAGCCAUCAGCGUAUGCCGCCUUACAUCUCCAACACCAUGUAAUUCGUGUUUUGCGUCCAGUCCAAGACUUGGCCAAAGUGCAACGAAAGAGCCAGAGCUUCUCGAAACGUGCGAAAUCGAACAAAGGUUUUGGCAAGCAUUGGGAUCAACCACUGUUGAGCCAGUCCAUUGCAUUUGUUUCAGGGUGAGGGGCGGAGGUGUGCUGGGGCAUAGCUAAUUUUAGGCGACUUUCGCGGAUGCCCAGAUUCAUGAAUGCCAUGAACGGGCCGAAGAUGAUGUCUCCCACAAUUGGGCUUAGGGAGGCCCGUUGGAAUGCCUCAGCGUGCCACAGUUGAUAGAGGAGUGGCCGCUAUUGCGGAACAAGAUGACCUGCAAGUGCGUUGGACGCGACUGCCCGCGGACGCAUGAGUGGACAUGCCCAGGGCAACCCAUGUACCUGCCAGUUAGCAUCAACGUGCCUCGCUGCCACCAGUGCGCAGCUUGCACUUGAGGACAUGGUACGCGACUACGUUCAUGAAGUUUUCUGUGGCUCCUUGGUAAGUUCUGCAAAUUUGGUACGGUCGCCAGCAACAACUCGAUCAGAGCUUUUGCUAUGCUCACGAGCGCCAGCCUUGCGAAGAAAAGGCUUCGGAACUGGAUCGUUCAAGCUUGCUUUUGGACCUUGGGACGUGGCCGAAUCUCGCGGACUUGGCAAAGCCAUGGCAGAGCCAUAGCCGCGGCAUGCCAUGCAAAGCAGAUGCUCAGAGGUCUCCGAACGUAAAGCCUCGCCUCGCUGAAACAGGAUGCUUAGAAGGCACCAGUCCUGACACAGAAUCUGGUAUCUCUACCUGGUGCAGUUGCGCAUGAUACAGUCUAGUUUCACAGCGCUCUGGCGCUGCACUAGACCUCAGAGAGCGACCCUUGUAUUUGGAUCUUCUUCUGCCCAGGACUUCACAAUCUGCGAGUGUGAUCUACCAGAGGAUGGCCAGGUCCCAUACCCAUUUCCUGAUCCUGACACUACUUCAGAGGUCGACCAGUGUCGAUUGGCAGCUUCCCGGAACCGCAGUUGCUACGGCUCCGAUUUUGGAAGAUGACCGAUCCGCAGAGCGGAUCCACGUAAAAUUUCCUGGAUCACGUUGGGACGGGGUACUUGGCAAAGGACUUAGAUUCGGCAGGCCCUUGGGGCAUCAAUGGACUGAGUUAUGGCAGUGGGAUCUGCCUAUGCAGCAGCAUUCCCCAAGAACACUGACAAGCCUCUCCUGAAUGGCAAUGUCCAUCCAGGAUCAAAUGUGGAAGACUAUUAUGCUGCGGCAGCUGUCGCAUCCCGCCAGCCUACGGUGAUUGUGAAGAUGUGCCGCAACGAGCAGCUUGUAGGCCCCGACAUGUCUUCGAGGGGGAAGGCCUUGCGAUCUGCGAACCUUGGCAGCUCCAACAAGGUAGCCUGCGAACAUGCAACCCUCGAGGUGUAGAAAUUUGGUUACUGUGCGAGUUUACGAUGUAUUCAACCAAUACGAAGUUGGAAGGUGGUCUCACCGAAAAUGCAAUCCGAGCAAUGGAUUAUUCUGGCUGUUAUACCCCAACAGAUACCAUGCUCUUUGACCAUGAGUUGAGGCCGAAUCAUACUUUGCCAACAACAAGGCUGGCUUUGGCUUGUUGACUUGGCCAGGUGAACCUACACCAUGUUCAGCUCCCAUGCUGGUGUGGAAGUAUUAAUCGUGAGCUCCUUGUCUGGCCGCGCCCUAUAUUGCGCCAAGCUCAUGUGUGCCGCCUUUCCAGAUGGCGUGCUGAUGACUUGGCAGGGUAUUGGCCACCUGCCAACGCCUGCUGGGUACCGCUCGUGUUUGGGCGAUGGGCAACUACAUCCUUACAGGUGCCAUGCCACCUGACGGCUUUACCUGCCACCAAACCGAAUUGCUGCAGGCGUGAAGACCGCGUCCGUUGGACUGGUGUUCUAUACCGAUCCUGUGGUCGGAAGAUGAGUUUCGAACUUUGAUGAGUGUUGC